GAGAAAAUCAUCUUUUCUUUUUGUGAGAAAUAAAAAUAUAAUCAAAAAAUAAAACAACCCCCUUUUUGUGUAUCAAAAAAGAAAAAUUAUUUUGUGUGUGAAAUAAAUUAAAUAAAAAUUAUAUUUAACCAAAAUGAGCAGACAAUUGACUUCAGCUGAAAUUCAAGAUGGUAAGAUCGAAUACGAUCCCGUUACCAAGGCUAAGACUUUGUACAAACACAUCGAAGGUGGUUACGAAGUCCAUAUUACCACUCCUCAACAGAAUGGUACUGUAAAGACCCAAGUAAAGACCUUCUACGACCCUAAGCCUGUUACCGAAGAGGAUCUGUUGAAGCAACAACAAGAGAAGAAGAAGAGGUCCAAGAAGCCAAAUCAAGUUGUUCAAAUCGACAAGAACACCACCAUGAUAACUCGUGAGAUUCCCGGUGGAUAUGAAGAGGUCUAUACCACUGUCUAUGAUGAUGGUUCAAAGAGUAUGCGCACCAAGACCUUCUACGAUGCUGUCGAAGAAGAAAUCGUCGAUGAGAGCAACACCAAUACCAAGGUUCAGCAAAAGAAGAACAAGCCUUCUUCGAAAUUGACCAGGCACGAUACUGAGGAAGAGGAGAGGAAUGUUAAGAAAACCUCCAAGAAUCAAUUGGUUGAGGCCAACCAGAGGAAUGUUCGUCAAGUCAAUGAGGAUUCCAAUGAACAAUACAACACCAGGCGCGAGUCGAUUGUUGAAGAAACUCGUAGUGUGAGCAAGAAGACCGAAACUUCUGGCAAGAAGACAAUUGUUCGCAAGGAAUCAGUCCAGGAGGAGAACACCAAGAGUGUGACCACCUCGUCCAAGGACAAGAAGAAGAAGAGCAAGCGUGCUCCUCCACCACCAGCUGAUUUCCCCCAGAAUGAAACCACCACUGUUACCGCAAGCAAGGUGCCCGGAGGCAACGAGUACACUUACAGUACUGUUUUGGAAGAUGGUAAGACUGUAACCACCAGCAAGACAAUCUACGAAGAGGAAGAAGUUGAAAUGACCGAAGAAGAGAUUCAAAUCUACAAGAAGCAAUUGAAGGACGCCGAGAAGCACAAGAAUGUCACAACCACCAAGAAAUUGAAGUCCGAGUCGGGCACCAAGAAGAUUGUUCCAUCAGAAAACCCUGGUGAAGUCACCACUGUGGAGACCAUUAAGAUUGAGGGUGGUACUGAAUAUCGCUACACCACUGUGACAGCUGAGGGUAUUGUCAAGAAGGCCAUCAAGACUGUCUACGAUCCAACGCCAAAGGAGAAUCCUGAUGAUUCUGAAGAAGAAGAAGAAAUCAUUGAGGAUUAUGAAGAGGAAAUCAUUGAGCCAGGCGAGAAGAUUUUUAAGACCAUUGAAUCGGUCAAGACUCUUCCUCAGAGAUUUGAUGAAAUCGUUGAAGUUAAUACACCAAAGAAAAAAUCCACCAAAUUGACCAGAACUGACACUCAAGAAGAAGAAAGUCAUAUUGUUGAGAAGAAGAAGAACGCAAUGACAUCUAUCAAUCAACAACAGAGUAACGUUCGUAAAAUGGAACAAGAAGAACACACAACUGGACGUUAUAAUGUUCGUCGUGAAUCUAAAGUCGAAGAAACACGCAGCAUGACUCAGAAAAUUAAGAUCUCUGGAAAUUACUAAACAAACAGAACAAAAAAUCUACAAACAUAAUAAUAUACAUUGAAUUGAAUCCUAUUGUUCUAUUUUAUUUUUACAAAAUUUGUAUAACAUGGAGUUUACAUAAUAUUCAUAUUAAUUAAUCAUUUUGUUUUACAAUAUUUUCCUAUAUAUUUAAUUAAUUUCGUUUGGUUAUAUUUAUAUCAGUACAUUUACAUAAAAUAAAUAUAUUUAUAUUGCCUAAAAACAUA